UCAACGCGUCCGAGCAGCACGCACACGGCCGGAGAGAGAUAACUUUCCCACAACGAGAAGUUUCCCCCUUUUCUUUUUUCUUUUUUUGCAUGUCAGCCUGAAUACAACUUGCUGCGAUAACCGCAGGCGGGGGGUUAAUAGGCGGCUUGUCAUUGCGGCUCUUAGUGGGACAACUGCUGGCAAGUAAUCUAUUUUAAAAGUAAAGGCAGGAGAGGAGGAGGAGGAGGCGGAGGAGGAGGAGGAGGAGGGGGUGCAUCACGCUGGUUUAGCCUCUUCCUCUAAUGGGCGGCAUGAAGAAUGUGUGUUUUAUGUCAUCCAGUCCCCUCGCAUGCUUCCUAUUCUCCUGUUUCAACUCGCGCUAAGAAGUGACAGGCUCCAGCCGUGCCUGAGUCCAGAGAAACAAAACAACAAUCCACAUCAGGCUCCCAUGUUCCGUUUUAUCCCUCGGUCUCGCAUUGUUCCAAAUUACACGGCCCCCUAAAUGAGUAGGAUCCGAGGAGAGAACACGCAGGGGACCGUGCGUUUUUUAAUGUUGUGAAAUCUGAUAGCUGCAGGAAAGAAGAAGAAGAAGGAGAAGAAGAAGGAGAAGGAGAAAGGAGAAGAAGUGCCUGUAAUGAGAAGCAACCUUUGGAAUUCCUCCUCGUGAAAAUCCGAUUCUGCUGUUUUUCCCCUCUCUUGUCUUUAGGCUUGAAGACAUGAUCACUAGCACCAGUAUUUAUGGUCUAAAGAUGCAGUGGACCCCAGAGCACACACAAUGGGCAGAGCAACACUUUGACAUCUCAUCCACUACCCGCUCACCAGCACACAAAGUAGAGGCCUACCGGGGGCACUUACAGCGAACGUACCAGUAUGCGUGGGCAAACGAUGACAUCUCUGCACUGACUGCCUCCAAUCUGCUCAAGAAAUAUGCAGAGAAGUACUCUGGGAUCCUAGAGGGCCCAAAUGAAAGAACCCUGCUGUGCUCCUACUCCGAUAGCACCACCGGACUCAUGAAUGGACGAAAGUCAGAGAAUGAGUCCUGGCAGGAGGGGAUUUACCCAAUGAACUGUGCUCCAGAUGUUAUAUCUGUGAGCAAAGCUGGAAUGACAGCUGCCCUACCCCCUACAGAUGUGUCGGCUAGCAUAGGCAGCUCCCCGGGGGUGGCCAGCAGCUUGUCUGAGCCUAGCUAUUCCAGCAGUAACUGUGGGAGCCACACAGCCACUAGUCUCCACUCGGGCCUCCCCUCUCAGGAAUAUACCGCCAGCUACAACGGCUCCUACCUACACUCUAGCUACAGUGGCCAGAAUACCCCAGCCCUCCCCUCCCCACACCCUUCCCCUUUGCACAGCGCUGGGCUCUUACAACCCCCGCCCCCACCUCCUCCCCCUACCUUAGUGCCGAGCUACAGCGCCGGGUCUCCAAACCUUCCCAACUACAAUUAUCCUCCAACAGGGUAUCCUUCCCAGACUUCUGUUGGCCCUGGUUAUAGCCCUGGGGGAGCACCCCCUCCUUCUGCUUAUCUGCCGUCCGGUAUUGCAGCUCCAACCCCAAUCCCUCCCUCCACACUGCCGGGCUACACCUACCAGUCCCAUAAUCAUACGCCGAUUGCACCAACACCUUUGAAUGGCAGCACAUCCAACUCAUUAAAACGAAAAGCUUUCUACAUGAGUGGACAUGGAGAUAUGGACUCCAGCUAUGGUAAUUUCAACUACAACCAACAGCGCUCUUCACAGAGCCCAAUGUACAGACUAACGGACAGUGGUGUGUCAGACUCAAACAGGGGCAAUGGUUUUGAGAGAACUGCUGAAGCUUCAUCUUUAGCUUUCAAGUCAACCAAGCUGCCAAUGACCUCUGAUCAACAAAGGAAAUUUAACAUGCACCCUGGCAGAGCACUAACUCCUCCAUCCUAUGGAUCAACCAAAAGCUCUGUGGGUGACCUCAGAACUGGAGAGCCCUACAGCAAGUUUGGAUCUCCCAUCAUGAGUGAGCAAACUGAGGAGCACAGGCAGCAUCUCUCUCACUCACUAACAGGGCCAGACAUCGGUACGGCUACCUCGUCCAUACACGCUGCAGAGGAGCAACUGAAGAACAGUGAUUCCAACCUGGUGGAGAUGGUGACCUCGGAAAUCCUUCAGCAUGGCCCUCCGGUGGACUGGAGUGACAUUGCAGGUCUGGAUAUGGUCAAAGCAGCCAUCAAAGAGGAGAUACUAUGGCCCAUUUUAAGGCCAGAUAUGUUUAGUGGACUUGCCACAUUACCUCGAAGCCUCCUUUUAUUCGGACCUCAGGGAACGGGUAGAACGCUGCUGGCCCGCUGCAUGGCUAGCCAGCUAGGGGCUGCCUUCCUGCGACUCAGCAGCUCAAGUCUGGUGACUAAGUGGCUGGGCGAAGGGGACAAGAUCAUCCAGGCUGCUUUCCUGGUGGCCCGGUGCCGCCAGCCGGCUGUGGUGUUCAUCAGUGAAGUGGACCUGCUGCUGUCCGCCCAGCUCAGUGAGGAGAGCCCGGUGAAUCGCCUCAAGGCUGAGCUCCUCAUGCAGCUUGACAGCAUUCUGACCUCUGCUGAGGACCAUGUCCUCGUGGUGUGCUCCACCAGUAAGCCGGAAGAAAUCCCAGAGUCCCUUCGGAGGUACUUUACCAAGCGACUGCUUAUCCCCUUGCCUGAUGGGACGGCACGACAUCAGAUAAUCAGCCAACUGCUCUCACAGAACAACUACUGUCUUAGUGACAAAGAGAUGUCACUACUGGUUCAGAGGACAGAGGGCUUUUCAGGACUGGACGUGGCCCAGCUGUGUCAAGAGGCUGUAGUAGGUCCUCUCCAUGGCAUUCCUGGUGCUGACCUGUCAAGUAUCCAUCCCAGUCAGAUGAGACUGGUCUCCUACCAAGACUUUGACAAUGUGUUCUGCAAAUUCCAGCCUAGCAUAUCACAAAAAGAACUUGACAUGUACACUGAGUGGAAUAAAAUGUUUGGUUGUAGUCAGUGAAAGAGACUCAUCAAACACAAUUUCUCUAAACCCAAUAAUUAAAUACAAAGUGAAGUAUUUGGCCUUCAGUGAACAAGAAAGAAAAACAGUGGCGACAUUGACACAACGUAAAGGGAUUGUCAGCGAAAGACAGACGACAGUCUGGACAUCACACAUUUGUAACAAUUAAUGAAAUGCUUUACAUGGCUUAAGCCAUCUACUCACUAAAACUAAAAAGACUUGACGAAGAUACCCCCCUUUUUGUAUAUACAUAUAUACAUAUAUAUAUUCAAAUAUAUAUAUGUAUAUAGUAAACUGCUGAUCUUGAGAUUUAGUUGCUAUCAAGUGCCUGAGGUGGUGCUGUUUUUAAUUUGUUUUUGUUUCUUUGCCACACAAUCUCCAUUGGUGACAUGUGCUAAUAUAAAAGCUUUAAAAUGAAACAAAAAACUUAAAACCUGCUUUUUAUUCCCCCAUUUGAAACUUGUUCUGCAGCUGUGUCCGUUUCGUGCUCUCUGUGAACAGUUGUGGUUAUUUUGAGGUAAACUGAAUUUAUUGAUAUCAGUUUUCAUUGGGCUUCAUCAGCUUACACAGGUCUUCAUGUUCGUGCAUGUUCAAUAACAUUGACAUUCAUAUUUGUUUCCUUGCAAAUUUACAGUGAUGCUUCACUAGCCUCUCCACUAUAGAUGAAAUUACAAAAAAAAUAUUAUUUCAAAUGUGACUGCAAGUUAAACAAUAAAUUACUAUGUAAUUGCUGUUAAAAUUUUGUUACAGCAGUAAUUUUCUUUCGGUGUUCUCGAUUUGAAAACUCAGGAAAGUGAUAUUGAUAUGUAUAGUACCUCAUAGGCUUGUGUUGAAGCUUUACAAACUACAAGAGCAUUUGACUUGCAUUUGAAACUCCACCAACAAACCAUGUAAGGCUACACAAUACCUCGAAUAGCUUAAAAUGACUUCAGAAGGUUCAUAUGAUGAAUGUAGGAGAGUAUUUUCUGGUUUAUUUGCAAAACAUGAUCAAGUAAGUAAUUGGAUUUGUUUGAAAUAGAAAGCAUUAUCAUGAUUAGAGAUUUGCCUGUGAAAAGAAUUGAACCAUUGUGUAUCUUGAAUUGUAGCCUCAAGGCCAUUUCUGUUUGAGUUAUAUUUCCUGUCGGGGAAAACCUUCACUUCCAUCACGUACAAUGAUCUUGUUCUUCAGUUCACUGUUUGCAGAAACGGCCGUUCAGCUUGUGGUGACACGCAGCUCCAGAGACAUUUAAAAAAAAAAAAAAACUGCAGACAAACAUCUGUGGGUUUAGGAAGACAUCUCGCCCUGAGCUAUUUCAUUCCAUCCUGCUGCUGUGUUAUCAAUAAUGAAACCUAAGGAUUAUGUAUCGCCUAAGUUCCUUUCUACCUCAGUUUGUUAGUUAUCUCUGAAAAACAAAUUCACCAAGACUGCGAAAUGUCAGCACCUAUUCCGCACCGAGCAGCAUCGUGCUGUUCGCGAAAUCUAUUAGCUUUACAUUUUGCUCACGCCCCAAUAUGUCCCUGUUUCUCACCACAUGAUGCACUUAAAGGGGAAUACCACUGAACACUAUGCCUUUGCCUUAGGACAAUUUGGUCUGUGUUAGCUUACACCCACCAGUGGAUCAUGUUGCCGUUGCCUUUUUCUUGCCCCUGAAUCUGUGAUGUCAAACAGAAAAUCUCAAUGUGAGAGCAUCCAUGAUGAUGCCACACACACACAUAUUUCCCUGCGUUAAACCAAUUCCAUUAGUUUCAUAUAAUGUACACAGAAGAAUUGCUCUGACCUUCUCAGCCGUAACUGCAAAAUUCAUGAAUUGAGUGGCAUUCCUUUUUAAGAGCAUGUCUCAAAGGCUCGUCUCACAAGGUCUGUACACAAAAGGCAAGUGUUAUUUUUUGGUCUAUUUUCUCUUCAUGCUUAAAGUGUUAUAGUGUCAUUAAUCACGUUGCGCUGCCAUUAAUCUGUACAGUUUUCCAUGACAUCUCCGGGACACCUGAAUUGGCAAGUAAAAGUAUUGAAUGUAUUAUGUCCUCUGAGCGGUAAGGAAAGCAAAGCACUUGCACAAUGAGAAAUGCCACUGAAGUAGAGAGCACUGUAUGUGGAUGAUACUGCAGAGGCACCAUAGGACCUUGUGUUUGUUUUCAAGCGGGGUCCCUUCAUGUUUGCCGUCUAUUGCACAUAUUUUACCACUUCUUUUUAUCAAUCUUAUUACAUAGUGUGCAUAUUGAAUAACAGCCACCUGGUUUGGUAUUGUUAACACUGGCAGACCUGAAUCAGGAUGUUUCCAGAUAAUCUGAGCAAACAGCAGAAACACUACAAAGCUUCAAAGACAGAGUUAAUAAACUUGCAUGGUAAUGCAACACAACACAAUUUGAUUUUUCUAGAGCCCGGAUCCAUUCAUUUGUCAAAUUAAAAGUAUUCACCACAAAAUAAAUUGUGUAUACUGUACAAAAAUAGACAUCAGUGUAGAAUAUUAAUACCCAUUUCACCUAAUUUUUUUUGAGGGGGGGGGGGUGUUAUAUCGAUUAUAAUAGCAAGACUUAUUGCUAGAAUACACCAAACAUGGGGGGGUCAAUUGUCAAAGGAAAUUACAGAUAAUUUAUUAAUCUUCAAACGCAAAACAACAUUUUCUGAUGUGAAAGUCGACCAAUAUUCAUGUAACAGGCAUUUUUACACUUUCACUAUAGAAAAAUGAAGGAAAUGAACAGAAAACUCCUUAAAUAUUGUGUCUUCAACUAUUGCACCUUGAGGUGUUUAUUCUAGUCCCAUCUUUUGUCUUAAAGCCAAAGCAAAACAUCUUUCUUUUGAAUUUGAUGAGAACACUUUUGACGAAGUUUAACACAAGUUUGACACAAAAAAAGUGAACAUUUUGAAUUGGACAUGUUCAAGCUCUCUCAUUGGGCUCAGUUAUUGUAUCACAUCAUAAUAUCAAGAGUUAAAUAAGAGUUUACUUCAAUGUGUGAGUUCUGUGGAACAUGUCAGAUUCAAUGAACAGUGAUUAUCUCAUAUAGAAACAUGACUCAUUUGUUUAUCUCUGAAAUGGAAAAGCAGCACAGAUAUUAGCAGAACAUUUCAUAUGUCACCGUGUUUUCUCAGAAUCUAAAUGUGUUCAUGAUUCCAUGAUUUGAAUAAGUGAUAUUGUUCAUUGCGAGGUUUUUGAUGAGAAUUUGAUAAGAAGCCCUAAGUGCCAUUAACAAGCACAGAUUUCACGAGUUUAAGAGGUCGACUGUUCAUGAACUUGUUAAAGGGGAAAUACUCCACUCACAUCAAGAAGUACUUAAAUCACUCAGACAACAAUGGACAUCUUGCCAGAUAUUUGCUUUAGUGAACCAAAGCACAGUGCAGCGGUGGGCACACGGACAAAAACGUACAUUUUGUAUCUAUUUUUAUUUAGUUUUUAUCACAACUCGACAGUAAAAAGACUUGAUCGGAGGAAAACAAUUACUCACGGUGUAUAUUUCACAUGCUGUAGAUGAUAUCAUUAAAAACCAGUCAUUCGUUAUUGAGGGUGAUGCGAUCAAAGAGCCUAGACUCACCAACAACAGUUGAGCAGAACCUUUGAAAAGCACAUGGAGUCUGACAGCGACGCCGACUCAGUCACUUGAACCAUUUUUUUGUUUUCUUUUAUUUCAAAAUCUAUCAGUAUUUCUGUAUUUACAUUUGUGGAGACCUGCUUAAGAUUUUGAUUCCAUCCUUGUGUAAUUUUAUAGUCUGGCAUUCUUUAUAACCAUUUCUACCUCAUUACUACAUAUUGUACAUGUAGUACUUAUGUCCUGUCAUUUUGAAUGUCAUGCAUUUGUGGAUUAAAACUUUAAAAAAAAGAAAAAAAUAAUUAAAAAAAAUCAAAGCUUGCCCUUGAAUCUGAGCAGUCUACCUCAAAAAGACUGUCUUUAUCAAAUACAAGUCACAAAAAAAUAAUUAAAAAAAGAAGGCACCUUGAGGGCAAAGAUGAAGUUAACCUGCACAUACAGUACUGACGUGCAGUUUAUUUACAAUGCCAUGUUUUCAUUGUGUUGUGGGCUGUGUAGGUUUUCUACAAGGUCUCCAAUGUAAAUUCAUUUACUGAGACAUAACAAAUUGCUUUAAUCCUUUGUCAGCUGUUGUAGUGCGCAUGUUAAUGUGUAUGUAUGUGCACUUGCAAUUUUACAUGCAAGUAUGAGGUGGACAACAUUACGAUUUGAACAAUUUGAAUUUUCACUUUUCAUAUACAUGUACAGAGAAUAAACUUGCACAUAGCUGUAUGUAUUGUACAUUUGCUAAUGAUAUACAGCAUACAUACGAAAAUGCACCACAUACAUGUUUAUAUGUGUGUAUGUAUUGCCAUACUUACAGUACAGUCAAUUUAAAUGUAUUUUAAUUUCAAGGUACAUAAAGGUUAUCGGAAAAUCUGAAUAAAGAUGUUUUGUUUUUUUUUGUCCUGAAAACUGGAUUGCAUUUUGUACCUUAACUUAAUUAAAUUUUGGUGUGAUUGAUAUAA